AUGUGCCGCUGGUUCGCAUACUUCUCUCCUACUGAGCCCUGCCUGCUCUCGGACGUCCUCAUUACACCUAAGCAUUCUCUCACCAAUCAGGUCAACGAUCAUUACCUACCUGGCCUUAUCGCUCAUCUGCCCAACAAAAUUACUGCCGAGCACGAAGCAAAUGCGCGCAACCGUAUCCUCAACGCCGACGGCCUGGGUAUAGCUUGGUAUACUUCCACCUACAGCGACUUCGAAAAGGGCGCCACCGAUGAGAGUGAAGAUGGCAAGCCGCACGAUGGUCUCAGACCAGCCAUCUACAAGACUAUACAGCCUCCGAAAGGCGACGCCAAUUACCGCUCAAUAUGUGCCAACACCGAGACCCGCUGCUUAUUUGCUCACAUUCGAGCAUCGUCUGAGAGCGCCGUCGCUCAUGUCAACAACCACCCCUUCAUAUUCGGCAGAAUAGCCUUCAUGCACAACGGGUCCAUCUCGGAUUUCCCUCUCAUCAGGCGCGCUCUUUGCGACAUGCUCGACCCCGACACGUACAACAGCAUCCAAGGAAGUACAGACAGCGAGCACAUCGGAGCUCUGUUCAUGCAUUUUCUAUCCACGGGCAAAGGCGCAGAUACCUGGGACGAGAACUACUCUGUCCACGCCAUUGCCCACGCCCUGCACACAGCCAUCAAGACCGUCUGCAACCUACAGAAGAAGAUCCUCGGUCCAAAGAGAAGGCCCAACAGUUUGAACCUGGCAGCCACCGACGGCACCCAGAUAGUUGCAUGUCGCUUCCGCAAUCACAAACAAGAGCAACCUCCCAGCUUGUACUUCUCGACCAGAGCAGGCACCACGCUGAACCGCAAGUACCCCGACCAUCCCGAUGGGGACGACAGACCCGAGCAGGGACCCAGAAAGGAAAAAAAAGAGCACGGUCAACACGUCAUCGUGGCCAGUGAGCCAAGCACAUACAUUGAGGCGGACUGGCGGAUUAUCAACAAAAAUCAGUAUCUGUUUGUUCACAAAGAUGGCAGGUUCACGCUGCAAAACAUGCUCUAUUCGGAGUCGUGGAACGCCGAUGAUGCGGAUGCCGAGAAGGCAAUCUUGGCUGAGCUGGAAGACCAGAAGGCAACUGUUACUGAGGAAGAAGGUUAA